AUUUAAAUCAUCAUCAUCCAAGUCAUCACACCCGUAUGGUAGUUGGGAGACCGUGGAGAAGGAAGAACCUGAGCCCACAUAUGAAUACGAAGCUCCUGUAUUUGUUAAGGAAGUUCCUCCCAAGAUUGAAUUCGAGGAAAAAACUGUUGUUGCCGCUUCCGAUGAUGCCGUUUUCGAAGUUGUUGCCUUUAAAAAAAGAAAAACAAAUGUUAAAAAAAGUCGGAACAUGCGAAAAAAAGAUGAUUCUUAGUUUUAAUUUGCGCGAAACUUUAUUUUGAAUUUUUGACAAUAUUGUUACUGAGGUGCUUGCAAAUAACUAAGACCAUAAAAAAGCCAGUUCCAUAUUUUCGCCAAACCUAGAGUGGCAGGGUUGGCAGGCUCACUCUGAAGUUUUCCACAACGGAAUAACUAAUAAAUAUAAAUAUUACAGCCAUUUAGUUAAUGUUUCAAAGAAAUGCAUGGUUAACUAUUCCUUAUUCUCAUGUUUUAAAAGUUUUAGGGAUAUUUAAUCUUACAAUUUUAGAAAGUACAUCUAACUCCCUGGUUGAAAUGUUUACUGAUUAAUGCAGUGCAAAAAUCUGCUUUCCCUGCCACACCAGGCUUGGGUUUAUAAGGACCCUUGGUAGGACAUAAAGCACUGGCGUUGGAUGUUUUGUAUUUAGUUUCAUCUCAUUUAGUAACAUCAUGCUUUUUAUUAUUUUAGAAUAUUGCAUUUAGUGAUGGGCAGUGAGUUAAAAGUUAAGUUUACUCCCAGUUCGUGGGAAAAGUUAAAAUUAUUUGCUUUAAAUGAAGAACUGCCAGCUGAAGUAAAGAAUGAAAUAAAUUGUGAAGAAAAUUUUCAACUUUCAAUCAAGACAGUGAUACAGUUUUCUCGUUGGAAAUGCAAGAAUCAAUCAUUAAAACCAUGUUUAUCAGAAAUAUUCUGUAAUAGUGAUCUUAUUUUACCUGAACUGGAAAAACCGCCUUCAAAUCCGGAGUUGGAAAAAAGAUUAAAAAAACUGCGCGCUGCUGAAGAAAAUUAUCGAUACAAAAACAUGGUGUCUAACAUUACCACACCCACUGGGUUAAAAAGUGGCUCAAAAGCCCCCGUUAUUAGUGGUCUCAACUUUGCUGUGACCAUGAUUGCCACUGUAUUUGCUACAACUUUCAUUCUAAAGUCGCUUGUGCCAAACUUAAUGUUAAGAGUUGGUAUUGGCGUUGCAGCAGCCACUGUGUUGUUGUGUAUUGAGAUAUUCCUUGCAAUACGUGGAAUGGAAAAGUCAGAACUUGAACUAAAAGAACAUAAACAGAAUUUAGAAAUUCGUAAAUCUAAAUGAGAAAUUGUUAAAAAUCUUCUGACAUCUGGUUUCUAAUGUAACCAAUAGUAUAUUCUUUUUUGUUGGCAAUGUUGCACAAAAGCUAAUUUGGAACUUAAAACUUCUGUUUUGUCAACAUGAUAAAAACAUAGUUUUGUCUGCAUAGUUUCUAUUUAAAUGAAAGACUGGUGAUACCUUUCAAUGCGAAAUAUAUCUCUCGUAGUCAUAGUACAGUUUGUCAAACUCAAUUUUUGUGUCUGUAUUUUGUAGCAUUUAAUACUGAACUUCGUUAGGUUAUCAAUUAAACCUGUGCCAUUGGUGCAAUUGUUAUGAAAUCUUGUUGUUCAAUGAAAACUCAGUAUUUGUGCAGUUUUUUUUUUUUUUUCUACUUCUACUUAUAUUUCAGUUACCAUUACUAUGAAUGCGGUAAAUUAAAAUAUAUAUUCAACAAUUGCACUGUGAGUAUCUCAAAACGUACUUGCUAAAAACCUUAACGGCACUAAACAAUAUUUUACAGUGAAGAAUCAAAAAUGAUACAAAAAGUGCAAAACUAUAAUGUCUAAUUCCAGUGAUUAUUUGUAAAAAUAUAUCAUGUUAUAAA